AUGAAGAUAUUAAUUGUUAUGGCUGCUCUAUUUGCUGCAGUAGCAUGCAAAAACACUUUCUUCUAUACAACCGCUGAUGAUAAUCUUGACGUGGAUGCUAUCAUUCGUAAUCGGCGCAAAUUAGAAGAUUUUGGCGAUUGCUUCCUUGGUAGGAAACCUUGCGACGAAGUUGCUGCAAGUUACAAGGUGAUAUUACCAGAAGCAAUAUCACAAGCCUGCCGUAGAUGUACUGGGGCCCAGAAGCGAAGCCUUCACGGAUUGAUGUUGGGAUUCGCUUCACAGUUACCAGAGAGAUACGAAGCUAUAGUAUUGAAGUGUGAUCCAAGAGGUAUACACAUCGAUAGCUUUUGGAAGAGCAUUAAGGGAUUCUAA